UUCAGCAAUGGCGGCCCCCAGGCCAGGAAACCCUGACAGGGGAUGGAAUGACCCACCUGUGUUCAAUUAUAGCCCUAAGACGUCGGGACAGGUAUCGCCAAGGGGGACAAAACUUAACAAACGUGUAGCUUACACAGGUGGAGCAGUAAAUACCAACUCAUCAACAGCGAUUAAAGGAGAAGGUUCGGGAACUCUGCUGAACUCUGCCAAUGGACCUCCCAUCUCACCUGUUCAACUGCUUCCUCCGAUACAGCUUUUGCCCCCGACAACCAACACUACCCCAUCUGCCCCUGUACCCCUUUUGAUCCCUAUGAUGAGUCCUACUGCUCACAACUCAUCAAAGACGGAAUCGGACAACACUUCUUCAGCAUCAGAUGUGGAGGAACUUGAAAAGGCCAGAAUGUUAGGAAAUUUGAAAAGUGAUGAUGAACUUUUUGACAAAGUUCAAAAAAGAAUUGAUAUAGAAUUUGAACGGUGCUUACCAAGACUACAGGGCCGUGCAGCAGAAGAUGUCAAAAGAAAAUUACAUAUUUUGAAAGAAAAUUGGAAAGAUAAAAAGUUGUCCAAUGAGGUUCAAUUUAGAAUAUGGAAAAUACUUGAAGAUUUAGAAAACAAGGAAUUUGACAGGGCAUGGGAAGGUCACCUUUCUCUUAUGGUCGACUACACAGCUGAGGUUGGCCAGUGGCUGGUUGCAGUUAAACGAAUUAUUCUUGAGAAUCGGGAAAUGAAGAAAGAGACUGAAAGUUCUUUGGUAGAGAAGACGAAUAAAGAUUUAGAAUCAGAUUCUACUUCUGCCAAUCUAAUUGAUGUAUCUGAUCCUAAGAUAUCCUCCAGUAGUGUUUUAUCACAGGAUGAUUGUACAGGAGGGAGUGGAGACAGAAUAGGAUCCUCUGUUGAUGGUUGAUUUAGUACUUUACAAUACUUCAGCAAUGUUUCCCCUUAAACCAUGGCAUGAAUAUUAACAUAUGUUUAAUCUGAAAACUUUCCAGGAACCCUUAAAGACCUGAUGAAUAGAUAUUAGUGAUGUUAUUUUAAGUUUGUUGAUCAAACUUUUGUCAUUUGUUUUUAUUUCUUGUUGAUUACAAAAAUUGCUGUGCUGACAGAAAAAGAUAUAAUAUUUUAUUUUCUGAUAUCUCAAUUAUAUCUAAGACAUUGCACUUUGUGAUUUCAUACCAUCAUGUAACAGUUGAAUAUCACUGUAGGUUAUUACACUAGAGAGUAUAUAAAUAUUUACAUUUGUUAAUGUAAUAUUUCAGUUGAAGGGUUUUUGUAUUUGCUGGCAAACCAAUUAAUUGAACAAUAUACUUAUUAAAGUUAUACAGUUUACCCCAUUAUUGGCCAACACACCUUAAGGUUAUAAUAGGAAAUCAAUGUUUGUUGACAAUUGAAACCUGAGAGAAUGAUUAUCAUGGUAAAAAUCAGUCACUGUCGCUUCUUUCUGCCAUCAUUUUCUGUGACAUUAUUAAGUGAUUAGCACUAUUAAGUCAGACAAAAUAGGGAUUUUUGAAGGUGUUAAAACUAAUCGGUGUACAAAAUGACUUUGAUUACUCUUCAAAAUCACAGAGACUUGCCACAAAUUCCCAAUAUAUAUAUUUAUAUUGUAUCAAGGGUAGUAACAUGACCCUAAAGGGAAAUCUACCAAUUGUUUUUUUAAAUUGUAUAUUUUGUUUUUUUUUCUCUCUCUCUCUCUCUCUCUCUCUCUCUCUUUUUCAUAUUAACAUUUUGAAUUAAUUCAUUACAGUUUUAUAGUUGAGUGCAGCUUCUAAGUAUUCAAUCCCCGAAAAAUGAAACAAUUCAAGAUUAUAGAAAUAUUUACAUAGAUUUUUAAGAAAAUUUCAAUUUAUUUGAUGUUAUAUUUUUGAGAUAUGAAUUAUUAAAAUCUUGACCCAGGUUUUAUGGCAGGAGCCAGAGCCUGGUACAUGAUUUCAUACUCAAUGAAAAAAAAAAAGAUUCUAUGUAAAUAAGAAUAAGGAUAAACUGACUUUUGAAAUUUGUGGCAGUAAACUGUGAUUUUUUAUGUCACAAAUGUCCAUUUUACUGUUACCACAUCAUGCUGGCAUUACAGUAAUUUUGCAGCAAUAUAAUCACAAUUGACUGCCUCAAAUUUGAAAUGGUUAUCCUCAUUUGUCUUAAUCACAGUACCGAUAAAAUUCCAGAAAUGUUGACCAGGCACUAACAUUUAGAUUACCAUAUGCUGUAAUUCUAGAUUUUUAGGAUUCAAAUGAUGAGAAGAAUAUAUCCGUGAUGAUAUAAUACCUCUAUUUUACCAUUGUGAUAGGGAGGUAGUAAAGUGUUGAUGUUUUAUGGAUGUUUUGUUAACUGUAAAUAGGAUUUUGGAUAAACAUGAAUGAAUAAAAUUUAGUGUUCUGUAACAAUUAUGUUAAGUGGAUUUAAAUAAUGCUCAGUUUAGGUUUUUUUUCACUGUCAGACAGAUACAGUUUACAAUUUCUGUCUUAAUCCUUUCUUUCUUUUUUUUUCUGAAGGAAGAAACUCGCUUCAACUUGCCUCAAAAAACAAUUGUAAUACUGAAAACUGAUCUGUUGUAUUGACAGUGUUAGCCUGUUAUGGUAGGAUAAAGUUAGAAAGUUAGACAAUUACCAGCUUUAUUGUAGUUAUCUUGACAAACCCUCAGUUUCUAGUAAUUUACACCAUCUGUCCUUGGUGAAAAUGAUGGGAAAAUUUCAAUUUUACCGUACUAUAUGUAUGGUAAGUACAUCAAUAUCACUUUGUAAGUUUUUGUAGAAAAUUCCUGUUUAGCUCUUAUUAAUGCAGAGUUAUUUGCUCCUGUGAGCGGGUAUUGGUUGUUGGUUCAUUUGCUUUUGAGAGUUACAGAAUAAAUAUCUCUGGCAAAUUAAUGACAUAACUAUCAAUACCUGCUAUGAUAAGAGCAGAUAACUUGGAAAUACGAAAAGACAGAAUACAUAUUGACAAUAUGAAGAAAUUUUUUAUACAUCAAUUUUCUUUCCAUAUUCAUUGAAAAUUGUAUUACGUCUGUUAUUCUGAAUCUAUUUAAUGGAUGUAUGAAAAAAAUAUUUUGGAGACUAAUUUUUUUCUUACUCACUUUACAGUUGUCCUCAGGUAGGAAUGGUAGACAUUCAUGAUCAGAUAUAAUUUUUUUAUACAUAUUAUUCAUAAAUAAAUCUUUUUUCUCUGAAAAUGUUCAUAGAAAUAAAAAGAUAACUCAAAAAGUGCUCCAAAACCUCAAUGCAGUUUGAAAAUUAAAGAAUGAAUUAUUGUUGGAUCUAAAAAUCAGUUGAAUAUUUUGGUUCAGAAAAUAAGAAAAUCAUUUUUAACAUUUUACUUUGCUGCUUAAAUCAUAAAAAAGAUGACAUCAAAAUAUUUUUUGUCAAAAUUUAUUUGAAAUGCUGCUAGGAUCCUUAUAAUCAUGCAGGCAUUUAUAUACGCAACAUUCUUGUGAAUAAAAUUGGAAUUGGGCUAGGCUUUUAACACUUAACAGUUAUAUCGAGUAUACUUCAAAUUGUGUUGGUAAGUCAUUUACAAUUGCUGAACAUAGAGAUUGAAAUGUUUAUUUUCUUUCUUCUGUUCUAAAGUUCAACUGUUAUAGUUAUUUGAGGAUGCUUAGAGACAUGGAAGUGGAGUUUUUUAACUACAGCUAAAAUAGCUAAAAUUGUAUAACAGAGACUGUUUCCUUCAGAAAAAUGACUUUGUAGUGUGGUAAUUAAUAUAUGGGAAGUGUAUGACACUGGAAAACUAUGAUAUUUGAAUGUAUAUGUAAUAUAUUGUUAAGAUAUACAUGUGCUAGAAAACUUUCAAACUGCCUGAUAUAUUGCCUUCACUAGAAAACUGUAUUAAAUGUGGUGGAUGUGUGGUAUAGUUGUGUAAAGUGAUAUUUAGAAUAUCAAUUUCGUGGAAUAACAAAAUCCCAGGCAUUUCAAUAUGUCUGUAAUGUGGGAUAACGGUGUACUAGGAUACUGCAACUUAAUGGUGCUGGCUACUUAAUAGAAAUUGGACUUUAUUCAGUAUGUGUACUGGUAUAUUUAGUUUCCUCUAGCCGUGUAGUAGUGAUGUGAUAAUGUACAUUCUGUACAUUUCUGUGAUUUUACAAGAAAGUUUUAUCUUACAGAAAGGACGUUCUGAACACAGAAACGGUUACAUGUCUAGUCAUCUAAAGGCUGUGAAAUAGUUUUGUAAUGACACAAACUACUGCAAAUAAAUUUUUAAUACUCAA